CUACACGUCAUACGUCAAAAUCCUUGUCAAUUCGAAACUGCAAGUUUUUGUGGUUUUUAUAGGUUAUGUGAUUGAAAAGAACAAUAAAUUUCAGAUAAAAUGACCUUUUUGAAAUCAUGGGAAGAAUUUGAGAAAGCAGCGGAGCGAUUGUACCUUCAAGACCCAUCUAAGGUUCGAUACACGAUGAAAUAUGUGCACUCAAAGAACCAUUUACUUUUAAAAAUGACCAACGAUGUUGUUUGUUUACAAUUUAAAACAGAAAUAGCCCAAGAUGUAAGAAAGAUCGAUAAAUUUAUUAACAAUCUUAUGAGGCAUAUGGCAUCCAAGGAGCAUUAAAAUCAACAUUUUUAUGUAACUUAAAUAAUAAGUGUUUGUAUUGUUUAAAUAUAAUUAUAAUUUUGAAGAAAA